CUACAGACAACACCGCAAUUUUUGUAGACGCGUCGGUUCCAACGAUGGAGCUGCGGCGCCUGCUAAACAACGGAAGCGGAACGGAAUCGGUUACGGUGGACUUUGAGCAGAUUCUGGGCUUCCCGGUGUCGUCGACGGUGGAGGACAUUUUCGGAACAAAUCGAAUACAGAAAUCCGUUCGCAUGCUGGAAUCAACCGAGACCACGCUGCCCUUCGAUGUGUCCAUUGACCACGUGGACGAUUACGAACCGUACGAGGAGCGGUUGGAGACCUACGUGGUCCCGGUGGUGUUUGCCAUCAUCUUCAUCGUGGGAAUCCUAGGGAACGGAACGUUGGUGAUAAUCUUCUUGCGGCACCGAGCCAUGCGGAACAUUCCAAAUACAUACAUCUUCUCCCUUGCCCUAGCCGAUCUGCUGGUAAUCUUCGUCUGCGUCCCACUGGCUUCCAUCAUCUAUACCGUGGAAACGUGGCCGUGGGGCGUAACGCUGUGCCGCGUGACCGAGUGCUUUCGCGAAAUCAGCAUCGGCGUAUCGGUGUUCACCUUGACGGCACUGGCCGCAGAUCGAUACUGCGCCAUCGUUAACCCGCUCCGGAAGCUUCAGACCCGUCCAAUCACGGUUAUAGUGGCGGUGCUCAUAUGGCUGCUUGCGAUUGCCUUUGCCAUCCCAUCGGCGGUCAUCUCCGAUGUUGUGGUAAUCAAACUCGCCAACAAAACCAUCGAAUAUUGCUCACCAUGGGGCCAGCGGACCAACGAAUCCUUGGUAUAUUCCCAAUACAAAACCGUAAUCAAUUCGGCCAUUUACUACUUCCUUCCGCUGGCCGUCAUCGGUAUCCUGUACAUCUUGAUGGCGUAUCGGUUGCAUGCCAGCGCUCGGGAUAUGCCGGGGGAGAAUGCCGGUCCGCAGAGUCGCUCGCAGGCCCGGGCCCGGCGGCACGUGGCACGGAUGGUGAUUACCUUCGUGGUCGUGUUCAUCAUCUGCUUCCUGCCGCACCACGUGUUCCAGCUUUGGUUCCACUUGAAUCCGAACACCGAGCACGAGUAUGACGACUUUUGGCACAUUCUGCGGAUAACCGGUUUCUGUUUGAGCUUUCUCAACUCGUGCAUCAACCCAGUGGCCCUGUACUGCGUAUCCGGUGUCUUCCGGCAGCAUUUUCACCGGUACCUCUGCUGCCGGCAAAUGUCCGUUCAGCGACGCAUCGGCAUGUCCUCGGUUGGGAACGCUUGCGAAACGAGCUUUGUGUCCACGAUUCGCCGUUCGCAGCACAACCACAGCAUCCGGAAGUCGCUGUCCGUCCACUCGGUGCAGAGUACGAAAAGGUGAGACAGCGUUCGGCUCAUGGUCUACUUCCAGGGCAGUGGCCCGCCUGGAGGUGGAUUGAACGGAGCUGCUACUGGAAGAGGAGGACCCAAGCGGAAGUAACCAAAGGCGCUGGCGACGGCGACGACGAUGACGGUGGUGGUCAAUACGGCAGGUAGGGAAACUGGAGCGGAUGUAAUGUGAUUCUGUACAGACAAAGGAAAGUGAAGCUCAAAAUUAAUGUGUAUUAGGUGAGUGUAAGCCGAAUCAUCUCAAAUGAAAAUCCCUUUCAAUUGUCAUGGACAAGAACCAAGUAGGAAAUGUAGUGUGUAAAUUGCUGUACAAUGAAUCGAAUUUACCUAACAAAGUGGCAUAAAAUGAAAAGCUUGUACCCUUCGAUGAUUUAUCCCUUCGCAUCCAUCGAUGAAACUCAAACGUGGUGAGAUGGAAAACUGAAAUUCAAUUCACCACUUAAUUGAAAAGUCACUUUCAGCGCUUGGACUCCCAUUGUUCUGUCUGUAUGUUUAAAAAAAAAAGUAAACUUUCGGCAGGUGGGGGAAUUGAGUCACAUCAAUUCAGCCCAAUACCGCCGGAGUGAAACGUAUUAUGUACAAAUGGAAAGAAUAAAAAGUAUUUAAAAGCUAUUUAUAUACCUAUCGACUCGCAGAAAAAGACAGCAUCACAAUUUGGACGGCGAUUUAUUAUACUAGAAUCUUAAUAGAAAAUUAAACCUUCGUAGAGUAUUAUUGUUAAGCAAGGAGGCGAUCGAAUCUUCAUGUCGACGAAACCGAAAAGAUAUUUAUGGAAACUUUGUAAGUGAUCAAAAUACAAAUAUUUUUAUUGAAUGGAAAUAAACAAAUUGAAACUAGA